UUUUUAUCCACUAUAAAAGCUUUGGUCUUCAAGUGCCAGAGUAGUUUUGUGUCCAGUGACAGUACCCAGCCUACAACAUGCAGUUCACGAUAUUGUCAGUGGCGCUUCUCGCUGCCCUCGCCUCCUCCGCGUCCAUCCCCGAGUCCUCGGACACCGCCCCAGCGGCCAAGCAGAAGAGAGGACUCUUCGGCAGCUACUACGCCCCUUCAGCAGCUGUUGUAGCCCAUGCCCCAGUGUACCAUGCCCCUCUGGUCGCCCCAGCUCCAGUAUAUCAUGCCCCAGUUGCCGCAGCUACCUCCUACUCCACCAGUAGUGUCAGCAUCACUCAUGCUGUACCAAAGGUCGCCAUUGCUCAUGCCCCAUUGGCUGUAGCUCCGGCACCAGUCUAUGCUGCUCAUGCGCCCAUCUACGCUGCUCAUGCUCCGGUCUAUGCUGCCCACGCACCAGCAUACUACCACGCUCCUGCCUUUUACCACUAAUGUGUACAUUGAAUAAAUUGAUUUCACUGGA